UUCAUCAAAAUCAUUGUACAGUGCGAAUGAAAUGGAAAAGCGUUACUGAAAAGCACUCUCCAUUAGAUAGCUAGAGCUAUUGUUUAACCAUAAAAUAAGAUAUAUCCUAUAAUUCAUUCUUGUAACACUAAUUAUUAACAGGCACUGCAGAUCAUUCGUGUUCUUUAGAAAUAUUUUUGUGAAUAAAUAACUUCCUUACUGAAAAAAUGAUUUAAAAAUUCAUUAAGUGAAAAUGUAUUCGUAUAUUAUCUAUUCGUCGUCUGUGGUUAGAUUAGGGGUUAGGACCUAACUGUUAGCUCUUGAAAACCUAUGCGCAUGUAAGUACGUAUGAACACGAUCGUAUAAACGGGUCUCGACGCUCAUAUACCGAGAGCAUAGAAGAAACCGGCCGAAAAUUGAAAAUCAAAUAAGCCGUCGCGAAAAAUCAACGUGGAAAACAAAAACGUUCUCAUUCUGCGCCAUUGGGCAUAGAAAUAUAGGAAUCGAAUGACUGAAACCGUUUCCGAGGAACGUAGUACUUUGGGGCCGUGUUAGUAAUUAAUUGUGUUCACUCAAGCGCAGUCUUAGUUUCAUCAAGUAAGAAGGAGCCAGUGUAACUGGUUAACUGUUAACCGGCCCUGGCUGCUAUGAACAUCUCAGAUAGAGACAGAUGCACUCUACUCGUCUCUAUCUAUCUGGCAAGAACGAGAAUUUCGUUGUCUUUCAUGUUCAUUUCUCACAACUCAAUUUUCGGACGCUUUCCCCUAGCAAAUUUCCUAGAACUGUUUAGUUUAGCCUAGUUUAGUUUAGUUUAGUUAGAUCGUGAUUGCGAUUAUUUCCACGUGUUACAAUCUAUAUCUAUAUAGCAUAAUAAACGCUUUGAAGAGAUAUGAAAAUAAUUUAAAGUAUUUGAAAAAAGGAUAAAUACAAAUGAUGAAUAUAUAUUAGAUAAUGAAUUAUUAUAUGGUAGUAAAUCUUCUGAAAUAACAGAUGGAAUUGCAAAAGAAAAAAAUAUUAACACAAAAUGGAGCUCCUAAUAAGGAAGUUAAUAAAAAAUCAUUGGUCAACAACGGAAAUAUAAGUUCUGAAACUAGUUAUGCAGACUUAGAUUUAGAAAAAGGUUGUAGCAAUGAUGAAAUGACAAAUAAAAGUCAACAAUCGAUAAUUAGUGUAAGAAAAAUAGAAGAUUUAUGUAAGACCCCGCAAAAAAGUAAUACAUUGGGAGAUUUAGAAAGCAUAGAGAAUAUUCAAAUAGAAAAUGUAAAUAGUGGAAAAAAUUUCACUCCUAAUAAUUUGGGUAUAAAUUUAAUGAAAUGGCAUUCACAAACAGAAACACCAUCGAAACAUAAAAGAAAGAGGCAAUAUCUCUGUAAUGAAUAUGAACCUGAAAGAAAAAUAAAAAGGAAACUUUGUAGCGACAGUGAUUAUGAUCAAUUGUCUGAUGCAGUCAAAUUAGAAUUAUGUGAUAAUGAAUUAAAUAAUCUGGAAGCUAUUGAUAUGUUGCAUGAUCUCAAUUCUAUGAUGGAUUUUGAAGAAAGUAAAAUCGAUACAGACAUUUUUUGUUCAACGAUUGAUGAGACCAUGCAAAACGUAGAAACAUCCAGAGAUCCAGAAGUUGAUCCCCUUUAUAUCACUGACAAUGAAGAAAAUAGUACAACUCAUAAAAAUAUAGAAAACCAAGAAACAAAUGUAGAAAAUAAGAUUAGAAUAACAGGAGAACAUAAAUCUAAUAAAGAAGAUACCGACGAGGAUUAUGAUGACUUAAAACAUAUUUUAGGAGAACUAGAUAUUGAAAUGCCAUUAGAAGAAGAAGAAGAAGAAGAAUAUGAAGAUGAAAAAGAAGAUGAAGAAGAAGAAGGAGGAGAAAAAGAAGAGAAAAAUAAAUUAUCUGAAGAUGCAAUAAAGAAAUUAUAUAAUCUAAAAGUAAAAUUAAUGCAUAAAGUACCGAUACAACAUAAAAUUGAACAUACCGCAGGCUCAAAAACAUUAACAAAAAGAGAGAAAAAGCUGUUCUUAAAACAUGGACCACUAAAAAGUGGCAUAUUUACACCUAGCGAAGAUAAAAUUAUCAAGAAUAAUUGGAAAGCAUUUUGUAAAGCUCAUGACUGGAAUCCUAAAUGUGUGAAACCCUUCAUUCAUAUGAAACGUGCCAAUAGAUUUUAUAUAAAAAGCAUGGAAGAGAGACAAAAAUUUACUCAAUUUUUAGCAAAUAAUUUACCAUGGAGAACACUGUAUAGUGUUUUUCAUAGAUUCAAACACUUAUAUGGAAAUCAUGAGAAAAAUUUUCAAAGAUAUACAUCAGUUGAAGAUAAUAAAAUUUUGUCUUACAUGAAGAAUAAACAAAAUGAGGAAAAAGUACACAGAUUUUCAGAAUUAAGUAAAAUGUUGGGACGUUCAAGACAUUCAGUUUGGUCACGUUACCAACUGCUUAAAAAGAUGCAGCAAGACGAAGACCCAUCGUCUGAAAUCAAAUGGACAUUAUCUUUAAUUGGUAAAUUUAUAAAAACUCUCAUAAGCAUAACAUUAUGUGAGACGGUGGAGGAUUUAAAAGAUGCUAUUAUCCCAAAACCGGUUUGGCGCAAAUUAGAAGAAAAGCUAGGUAUACACCAUAAUACAUUGAAGAAAUUCUGGGUAUUUCAAUUGCACAUGCAAUUAUUUUGUCCAGAACCUAUUUAUUUAAAUGAUAUAAAAAUAAAAUUAAUUGAAUACGUUUAUGGAAAAGGAAUUUCGAGUAGUCGAGAAAUAGUCUGGUCAAAUGUAGCGAAAUAUUUUGAUGGAGUUACUAAUAUCUUUUUGUGUAAAAUAUUUUUUUAUCUUGUGCAAGAAGCUGCUCUAAAAAUAAAUACAAAAAACUUUAUUGACAUCGUGGAGUAUUUAUAUAAUGAAAAGAUACAAGAUAUAAAAAAUGAAUCGACUGAUAAAUUUCUUCCUAGACUCCUUUAUAAUGGAAAAGUUAAAAUUAUAGAUGAAGACUUGAACGAAGAUAUCAGUAUAUAAUAAAAUAGGAA